AUGCGUUGCUCCGCAGAAAAAAAAACCGCCACAAUACGUCCAAUCAGAAUCUACCUCGGUGGUUUUUCUAAGAGGAGGCCAGCUAUGAGUUUGGCCUCGCUACUAUGUGGCCGAGUAAUCCGUCUAUUUCAAUCGAUACUUGGCCUUCUCAAGAGGGUUAUGUGUUUCAUGCGGAAACGUGAGAAUAUUGGCGAACUGCCUUUUACGGUCGUCGUACGUCAAUCAGCUCCUGAUGAUCCUUACCCCAGUGCUGUUACGUCGUCAGAUUGGGAUGAUCGUUGGGGCGAAAAACAAGCUGUUGAAGACAAAAUUGAAGAAUGGAGGCGCAAAAAGACCGAAUCGAAUCAAAACACGAAAAGUGACGAUAUCGAUUUCUUCAAUGAUAUGCAGCCGGACAUUAAGAAAGCAAAGAAGAUUAUGCUGAAACCAAAGGUCUCUUCGCAAAAAUCAGAGGAAAAUAGAAACUUAUUUGGAUAUAUGGGAGAUUCAAACGUUGAAAUUCCUCUAAGUACGCAACUCGGUGAUCUAGAUGACGCGGAAGCUCCAGCAUGGGACGAUGACAUAGACUCGACGCUCCAUGAGCACCGUGCUGAAAAGCACCGAACUCGUAUGGAAGAGCACGACCGUCGCAUGAGAGAGAAGCGCGGCCAGCGAACCUCAACUGGUUACCUGUAA